AUGCUCGCCGUAGCGCCAACCACCACUUACCUCACCGUCCCCACCACCCUCCGCCGUCCCUCCUCCGCUCCCAAGCUACCCUAUCUACCCUCCGUCGCCAACACCCGCGCCCGCCGCCGUCAACUCGCCCAAUGCCGCGUGUCUUGCUCUUCCUCCUCCUCCUCCUCUUCGCCUCUUUCUCUAAACCCUAACCCUUCCUCUUCCCACAACCUCCUCCAAAACCUCGCCAAAAUCCUCGCCGGCGCCACCACCGUCACCCUCGUCCUCAACCUAAGCAAAUCCCCCGCCUUUAACGGCAGAGGCGGAAGUUCGGGCGGCGGAGGAGGAGGAGGAGGUCAUGGCUCCAACGGCGGCGGCGGAGGGUUUUGGAGGAGGCUGUUAGGGCUGCAUGCGGCAAUAGCGGACGAGCCGAACGACGAGUCGUGGGAUUCUCACGGCUUGCCGGCCAACAUUGUCGUCCAGCUCAGCCGGCUCAGCGGCUUCAAGAAGUACAAGGCCUCGGAGAUUGUGCUCUUCGACCGGAGGCAGCGGAGCGCCGUCGGCGCCGACGACCCGUUCUACAUGUAUCUAACCCUCCGGCCCGGCGGCGUCUACACCAAGGCGGAGCUCCAGAGCGAGCUUGAAUCCCUAGCCAAUUCCCGAAUGUUCGACAAGGUUGAGUUGGAAGGCAAGACCAACCGGGACGGCACCCUCGCCGUCAGCGUCUCCUUCACCGAGAGCAUAUGGCUGGCGGCGGACAGGUUCCGGUGCAUCAACGUGGGCCUGAUGGGCCAGGUCAAGCCCAUUGAGAUGGACCCGGAUAUGACAGAUAGGGAGAAGCUGCAGCAGUUGAGGAACCAAGAUAGGGAGUACAAGAGGAGGAUGGAGAAGGCCAGGCCGUGUAUGAUGCCGGCUUCGGUGCAGAGGGAGGUGGUGCAGAUGGUGAGGGAACAUGGGAAGGUGACUAGUAGAUUGUUGCAGAAGGUUCGAGACCGGGUUCAGAAAUGGUACCAAGAUGAGGGGUAUGUGUGGGCUAGUGUUGUUAACUUUGGGAAUUUGAAUACAAAGGAGAUUGUGUGUGAGGUGAUGGAAGGUGAUAUUACAAAGCUGGUUGUUCAGUUCAAGGAUAAGCUUGGCAAUGUUGUUGAAGGGAAGACUCAGGGUCUUGUGGUCAAGAGAGAAUUGCCCAAACAGCUUCGACCAGGUAAUGUGUUUAACAUAGAAGCAGGGAAGCAAGCUCUGAGGAACUUAAACUCCUUGGGAUUGUUUUCAAACAUUGAAGUGAAUCCAGUAGCGGAUGAGAAGAAUGAAGGAGGGGUAAUUGUUGAAAUAAAUCUUAAAGAACAUGAACACAAGACUGCAGAUGUAAGCACAGAGUGGAACAUUGUUUGUGGACAUGGAGGCUAUCCCACUUUGGCUUCACUACUACCUGGUGGAACUGUUACAUUUCAACAUCAGAAUCUUAACGGGUUGAAUAGGUCUCUUAUUGGUUCAGUUAAAACUAAUAACCUCUUUAACCCUCAGGAUAAUCUUGAGUUUAAGCUUGAGUAUGUGCAUCCAUAUCUGGAUGGUGUGGACAAUCCCCGCGAUCGAACUCUCCGCGUAAGCUGCUUCAAUGAUCAAAAACCGAGUCCAGUCUUUACUGGUGGGCCAGGGGACGAUGAAGUUCCCCCUGUAAUGGUUGAUCGAGCUGGCAUCAAGGCUAAUAUAACAGAGAAUUUGAGCCGUCAGAGCAAAUUCACUUAUGGCCUUGUGAUGGAAGAGAUAACCACACGUGAUGAACAAAACCAUAUACUUUCAAAUGGUCAAAGAGUGUUGCCCAGUGGAGGUGUUAGUGAAGAUGGACCUCCAACAACUCUCAGUGGUACCGGCAUUGACCAUGUGGCAUUUUUACAGUCAAAUAUCACACGUGAUAACACCAAGUUUGUGAAUGGAACCUUAGUUGGUCAGAGGAAUGUGUUUCAGGUUGACCAAGGCCUUGGUAUUGGCAGCAAGUUUCCAUUCUUCAACCGCCACCAGUUAUCAUUAACAAGAUUUUUCCAGCUGAAGGAAGUGGAGGAAGGUGCUGGAAAACCACCACCACCUGUGCUUGUACUUCAUGGUCACUAUGGUGUCUGUGUUGGAGACCUUCCAAGUUAUGAUGCAUUUACCCUUGGGGGUCCAUAUUCUGUGCGAGGUUACAACAUGGGUGAGAUUGGCGCCGCUAGACAGAUCCUCGAGCUUGCAGCUGAGCUGCGCAUACCAGUUAAAGGUAAAAAUGUAUAUGCAUUUGUAGAACAUGGCAAUGAUCUCGGAAGUUCAAAGGAUGUCAAGGGUAACCCAACCGAGGUAUACAGGCGAGUGGGUCACGGGUCAUCAUAUGGUGUUGGUGUCAAGUUAGGUCAAGUAAGAGUGGAGUAUGCUGUGGAUCACAACUCUGGCACAGGCUCAACAUUCAUCCGAUUUGGUGAGCGAUUUUGA